CGUGGAACUGAGCGUGGGGAGAGCAUAAGUGCGAGAGAGUGCAACGCAAACGCGCAAUGACAUUGACAAGACAACGCGUUCUUUGUCAGUGCUGCGACUGUGCCGUCCCUAUCGCUGCUUGUGGGCGGGCUGCAGCAGCGCUGCGGCAGCGACGCCAACUGCGACAACAACUAUUAUUGGCGCUUGUGACGCUUUUCCUGUUGGGCUUUAACACAGCUGCAUCUGCUGAGGGGGAAGAUGAGGAUGGUCCGUAUCGGGGCAAAUAUCUGGGCAAGCUGAACUCGUAUCAUCAUCAGGUGUCUGGCGACGUUUACGCCGUCAAUGAGUAUACAUUUCUUAUAGUUGGCUUUAAUUACGAUGGCAACGGUGCGGAUACGUUCUUUUGGGCCGGCGCCAGCAAUCGACCCGGGCCGCAAGGUUUCAUAGUGCCCGAUGAGUAUGGCAAAACCAACAUUUUGGAUCGAUAUCAUAACAAGGACUUUACGCUAACGCUACCCGAUCGCAAGAAGAUGACCGAGAUCCAGUGGCUCGCGGUCUACGAUUUGAACAAUCAGAACAACUUUGGCGAUGUUUAUAUACCCGAAGAAUUCGAACCGCCACGCCCUCAAAACGGCGGCACCUUCUCCAAACGCAACCACAAUGUGAGCAGCACCAGCAUUGAGAUCUUGGACUCAAAGACCAUACGCAUUAAGGACUUUACAUAUGAUGGGCGCGGCAAGCGCACGUUUUUCUGGACAGGCGUGGGCGCUCAGCCAUCGAGUCGGGGCAGCAAGAUGCCCGACGAGCGCGGCUACCUCGACCCUAUACGCACCUACACAAAAGAAACCAUUGAGCUGGAGCUGCCUGGCGACAAGACGAUCUUUGACAUCGAUUGGAUAAGCGUCUACGAUGUGGCCGACAAUGAGAAUUAUGGGCACGUGCUCAUACCGGAUGGUCUAAAUGUGCCACCAUCGCUGGUGAAGAUUACGCCGUAUGAGUUCUCGUUGCCCAAUUGCCGACAGCUGCAUAAAGAUUUACAAGUGUCGUGGGAGGUGUUCGGGCCGCAGAUUACGUUCCAACUUUCCGGUCAGGUGGCACAAACGGAUUAUAUGUCCUUUGGCAUCUCGGGCUCGGAUGUUUCCAGUCAAAUGAUUGGUGCGGAUGUGGUUGUGGCCUAUAUAGAUGAUAUCAGGGGCUACACAGUGGACUAUAAUAUCACAUCGCUGGCGCCAUGCGUACAGGUCCUGGGCCAGAAUAAGGGCGUCUGUCGAGAUGAUGUCGUGGGCGGCCAGGAUAGCUUUCAGCUGAACACAUACGCCCGCAAGGAUGGCAUCAAUACCAUUAGCUUUAGGCGCAUACUCAAGUCAUCUGAUGAUGGCGACAAGGAAAUCUUUCUGGAUCGCAGCAACUAUGUGAUUUGGGCCUUUGGCCAGCUGGACUCCAACAAUGAGCCCGCCUUUCAUACACACUAUCCCAAGAGCGAUAUAGUCAUUGACUUUAACACCACAGAACCAGUUAACGAUUGCUUUAGCUUUACAAAACGCAUGGAAACUCCAGUGCAGCUAUGGGAGCGCACUCGAAUCACAGAUGCCACCGUACGCACUUUUAAUGCUUAUCUCGGCCCCUCGGGCGGUCUGCGUGGCUAUCAGGGCCUGACGGGCCAUGUUUCAAGCGGCUUGGCCUGGUACAUCAACGGCUAUAUGAUACCAGAACUGUUUCUAAAGCGCGGUUUGACUUAUACCUUUAAAGUGCGUGGCGGAAACAAUCCACACUCGCCGGAACACUAUCAUCCACUGGUAAUAACGGAUGAUCCACAGGGCGGCUAUGAUCGCCUCUCGGAUGCCAAGCAGAGCGAAAUUCGCGUCCUAGCUGGCGUGGAGUUUACCCGUCGUGGUCGUCCCAAGCCCACCGCUGCGGGUCCACUUUGCUUAUCUCGGUAUCCGGAGGACUACGAUCGUCGCUUGGAUGAUAACUUUCCCACGUUCAAGAAAUUCAAUCGCAGCCUUCUAAACAUAUGCAGUGAUGAGCCCCCGGCUCUGCUCGAGAUUACGCCCAAUAUAACGUGGCCCGACACCGUUUAUUAUAAUUCUUUUACGCAUGGCAACAUGGGCUGGAAGAUACACAUUGUCGAUAGUUAUACUAAUUUGCGCAACGUUGGCCAAUCCUUGAGCACAACGUGGUUGCCAACGGUCACAGUUCUGCUGAUGCUUGCGGCUUGGCCGGCGUUUUGAAUGUUGACUGCUUUCCUAAAUAUUGUCGUCUCAAACGAUAUCCUUAAAAUAUUCGAAUUUUAAUUUAAGUCAAUCAGUCACAAUUUGCAGACGUUGCUGCGUAUGCGUGUAUGUAUGUAUUAUAUCUGCCCAUCUUAUGUAUAAGUAUUGUGAUUUAAGCACGUUAAUAAAGGCAGAGCUUCACAUAGGUCAGAA